AUGUCGAAACGAUCGGGCGGUGCGAGCAAUGGCGCUGCGGCCAAGGUCAACCAGGCGAGCGUUGCGGAUGAGCCUUCAUAUAAAAAGCAGAAAGACCUUCUCUCGUCUACGGGCCAUUUCUCCCUGCUAAAGGCUUUGCAUAUGGCGGACUACAUUACUGAGCUGAAUGGUGCUUGCGGUAUCCUAUCCGUCUUCUCUUCCCUGCGCUACUGCCUUGGCGACCCCGCGGACAAGACAAAUGUAUACCUUGCGCUUGCGUUCCUGCCUCUGGGGCUAUUCUUCGAUUUCAUGGAUGGUCGGGUUGCAAGGUGGCGGAAGAAGAGCAGUAUGAUGGGUCAGGAGUUGGAUUCGCUAGCAGAUUUGAUCUCCUUCGGUCUCGCCCCAGCUUGCGUAGCGUUUAGCAUCGGUCUGCGAACAACACUCGACCAGGUGCUCUUGGCCGCAUUCGUAUUAUGUGGUUUAACGCGACUAGCACGCUUCAACGUCACAGCGAACAGCGGUGAUAUCCCCAAGGACGCAAGCGGAAAGGCCAGCUACUUCGAGGGCACUCCUAUUCCCACGACACUGGGUAUCGACGCACUGAUGGCGUGGUGGGUGAGCAAGGGCUGGGUUCUUGACCAGGUCCCCGGCGGCACGCUGUUCGCGGGCACCAACUUCGAAGUCCACCCCAUUGUCGCCAUGUUCCUGAUCCACGGGUGCCUGAUGUGCAGUAAGACUCUACACGUACCUAAGCCCUAA